AUGGUAUUCGUGUGUUCUGCCUACAACUGCAAAAACACCACGAAAGAGAAUGGCAUCACAUUUCAUUCAUUCCCACAUAAAAACCCCAAGUUGCUUAAAAAAUGGCUAGUCAAUAUGAGGUGGAAAGAUUGGACGCCAGCCCUUCAUAGUAAGCUGUGUUCCGGCCACUUCGAAGACAAGUGUUUCAGUCGAUUUGGCAGAGUAAAGCGCCUCUACAAAUGGGCUGUUCCUACCAUUUUCUCAUUUCCCGAACACAUGCAGAGAAGAAAGGCACUGAUCAACCCAAGAAGUCGGAGGUAUUUGCAAACUGUGGAUGAGUCAAAGCCUGUUCCUGCUGCCAUGGUACGACCAGCUCCAGCCAAAGUCAUUCCACUGUCUCUAUUUCGAGUGGAAGCCAGUAUAAACCAGGAAUCAGGGAAGUUUGUCCUGGAGCAGAGACCUGUGGAACCUCUUUUGCAAUGUAGACCAGUUCAAACAAGCUCACCUGCAGAGUCCACCUCAGAACAGAGACCUUUAGAGUCUGGCCUGGAGCAUGGACCUGGUGAGACUACAGAGAAGCAGACACCUGGACAACCAGGCCCCAAAGCCAGUGACAGUGGGGUGGCUGUGAAGAGGCCAUUAAAGAGCCCUCCAUGGACAAUUCUAGGAGAUGAAGCCAUCUACAGAAACCUGACUGUACCUAGUUUUUUUCACAGUGGUUACUGCUUACCACAGUGCAUUCGCUGGGCUGGGGAGGAUGAACUGAAUGUUAAACCUCACGUGGUCAAACUAGUCCCAGGACAGACAGUGCCCCAUGUCAUAGAGAUCAGGGGAAGGUGGGAGUGGCUUGGUCUUGAUGUCAGAGGGCCCCUCCCACAGACAGUGAGAGGACACAGAUACAUAAUGACUCUGACUGACUAUCAUUCUAAAUGGGUAGAGGCUUUCCCUCUGACUCCAGCCAUAGGGGAAGAGGUGGCUCAGAAUCUCUCAGAGGUCAUCGUUCAGCUGGGCUACCCUCUAUGUGUCCUCUCCCGCCUUUGUAAACGGCUCAUUGUCAAAAUUAACCGUGUGUUGAAACACCGUCUGCACAUAGCAGGGAGCUCCUUAGUGAUCCAGCACCACCAGACAGGCUAUCUGGACCUGGCCACUGAAUCUCUGCUCAACAGAAUGGUGUCUGAUCUGGUGAAGGAUUAUCCACACUCUUGGCAUUUACAUGUGCCUGCAGCUGCUCUGAGGCUGUGCUGUACAGACCACCCCACCACACAUGAGAAGCCCUUCUCUUGCAUGUACACCAGUAGCCCCCAGCCCAGCAUGUCCCAGAGAGAACUGCCGUUCAGUGCUUCAGACAUUCGACUGAGUUCCUUUGUUGUCCAGUCUGCCACAGAUGACGUCCAGGACAAAGACACAGAGACAGACUAUGCUAAGACUGGCCAAUCAGAAACCAACAGAGGAAAUGAUGCCACAAAUUCAAACCCGGUUACAUGAGCUUCAGAAGCCUGCAUUCAUUUGGUACUCAAACACAAGACCUGUCAGACCUGUUUUUUUGUUUGUUUGUUUUCUGCUUGAUUUUUGGCAGCACUGUCUUUCUGUCAAGUGCCUCUUUUUUGACAUUUGUUUUCAACUCACUUGGCAUCAGCAGGCUGUGGUUACUGUUGGCUGAGCUGGUGCCAGGUCAGAGCAUUAGCCUUGAGAAAAAACUGAGAGAGGAGUUUACAACAGCCUUGCUGUGACAGGCUAAUAACAGAAUGACAGAUUUACACUGGCAUCUCGCUCUGUGGUGUAUGACAGCCUCUUUUCUUCAGAGAUACAUUCCUCUCACCAAACUCUUAAACUGUGACAGUUUAUGUACAUUCAGUCAGCCCACUCUACAUUCACUUUACACUUUAAUGGUGGAAUGGCAUCUAGUUUUGAUCUGCUCUCUGAUUCUUCCUCUCA